CGGGCGGCGGGGGAGCCGGGCUGCAGCCUCGCCGAAGGAGGUCACCUUGAAGAAGAUGAUUUUCUGGAAAUAACAAAGGGGGCUUUGGGGGCUCCAAAACAUACUGACAAUAUGAAGCCCACCCCUUGACAUUUCUGGACAGUGCACAGACAGCACCGCUGUGGCCAGGAAGGAUUUGCAGAAUGAUGGUGAUGGAUAGUGCAGAACGGCAAAGAACCAUCAGAAGGAUUUGGCCACAGCUAGUAGAGUUCCUGAGUCACCAUCCUGAGUGGGUGCUGAGGAAAGCUGAGAUGCUUCUCUCUCAAGAGGACCUGAGUCAGGCUCAGGAUGCUCCUGACCUCAAGGAGAAGUGUUUGGUGGUCCUGGACAAGUUCUUGAGAGAUGCGGACACUGAUCCCCUGGUCUUCAGAGAGUUCAUCCAGAGCGUCUGUAUGGAAUGCAACCUUCCCAUGGAGCUAGAAAUCCCAUUCAUGAGCAUCUCAGGAGAAGGUAGCGCAGCUCAAGGACAAGUUUACCAAAAAGAUUGCUCCCCAUCAACAUCAACAAAGCUCAAAAGACACCGUCCAUUCAGUAGCCCUUCGGCAAACAGCAGUGGGAAGCAGUCAAAGCAGAAACGGCUCGAUGUUGCUGAAAGAUACUGUCAACACGUCCUCACCUCCAUGCUUCGGCAGUAUGGGAUUAACCCCUUGGUGGAAGCAGAACCGAGCAAAGACCAGCCAUUUGCUUUCAGCCAAACGUUUGUCAACCUUGUCAUUCAUCAAAGCAAAGCGUGCAAGUUGAAGGGAGCAAUAGUGAAAGUCAAAGAGGAACCCAUGGCUCUGUACGACUCCAAGGACCAGAGCAACACACUUAUGAACUUGUCAGAUCUUUUCAAAAGUGUCCACAUGGGCGUGACCCAGGUUGUUCUACUGUUGGGCAAACCUGGAAUGGGAAAAACAAGGCUCGUUCAUAAAAUCUGUCAACAGUGGGCUGAAGGGUCCCUUCCCCAGUUCAAAAUGAUCUUCCUCCUUGAGUUCAGGCAGCUGAAUCUGAUCAAGACAAAACUGACUCUCCAAGAACUCUUGUUUGAUUAUUUCCUCCAACCAGAUAACCCUGAAACAGUGUUUGAAUUCCUCCUGGAGAAUGCCCAACACACUUUGGUCAUUUUUGAUGGGCUGGAUGAGUUUGUGGAGAACAUUCAGUGCCCAGCCUUUUCUUCCACAUUGGACUCUGAUCUUCCCAAACCUCUUUCUGUCUCCGAACUUGUUGCCAAUCUGUGCUGUGGAAAACUCUUGCCAGGCUGCACGGUGUUGAUUACAAGCCGGCUAAAGGUGCUCCCUGACGUAUUACUGAAAAGUAACCCCCUGCUAGCAGAAAUCUGGGGAUUUGACCGUGAAAAAGUUGAGGAAUAUGCCAGCUACUUUUUCCAACAGCAUUUGCAGAAAGAGCAAGUCCUUUCUCUUCUGAACAAUAAUGGCAAACUGUUGAGCAUGUGUUACAUCCCUGCUGUGUGCAACAUUAUCUGCAUCUGCUUGGAAUAUUUGCUCCUUGGAAAUGCAGGCGAUGUCCACCUCCCUCAAACCAUGACCCAGUUUUACAUCAAAAUGCUCCAGAUAUUCAUCUGCAAACAUCAGGGUAGGAGGACCUUGAACGAAAUAGACAUGGGUCAACACCAAGCAACCCUUGCAGAUCUGUGUGAGUUGGCCUUCAAGGGCCUUGAAGAGAAGAAAAUGGUGUUUUAUGCUAGAGAGGUCCCACAACACGUGAAAGAUUUUGCUUGUGUCCGUGGCCUUCUUGUGGCUUCUGAGGUGAAGAUGAACAAGGGCCAUGGUUAUACUUUUGCUCAUUUUAGCUUGCAAGAAUUCUUUGCAGCCCUCUUCCUGUUGACAAGCCAAACAGUAGAUGGCAAGACUUUGAAGGAGAAGUUCUUCCUGAGGUCAAAGUGGACUCUAAAGAAAGAGGCAAGGAUGCCAUUUACAGAGAACUGCCAUGUCUUUUUGUCUGGCCUUUCAUCCCAAGGUUGUAGAGAAUUCCUUUGUUCCUUAGCUGGGCAAAACGAGACCUGGAUACAGGAACGGCAAGCUAUCAUCAUACAGAUAGUGCAGAAACUCGCAGAUGCUGAUUUAACAGGACCCAAGAUAGUCCAGCUGUGCCAUUGUGUGUACGAGACACAAGAUGUUAGGUUAGCACAGCAUGUUGCAAAACAGUUAAAUUUCAAAUAUCAAUUUAGAAACUUCAAGCUGAUGCCCUUUGACAUGGUGACUUUAGCCUUUCUCAUCAAUGGAAGCCCUCAUGGCGUAUGCUUGGAUUUUGUUGGCUGCCACAUGGAGUUUGACUAUUUGGACAUCUGGGGCAGUUGUGACAAUAUAAAGAGCUUGAGCUUCAGGAGCAGGCAAUAUGGAAACGAGUUUGCAAGAGCCCUUUCCAAAAACCUACCCAAGAUCAAAUGCCUGACUACAUUUCAGUUAACUGGUGGAAACCUGACAAGCCCAGGACUUGAAGAUCUAAUUCGAGCUUUUCCGAACUGUCAUCGGCUGGAAGAAAUAAAUUUGCAGGACAACAGACUGAAGGAGCAGGACAUGAUCAGGUCUGCAGAAAUACUUUCCACCAUGGAAAAGUUAAAGACAGUGGAUUUAAGCUACAACGAGAUGUCCGUGGGCACUGUCCUUGCCUUCAGCAGAGCAGCUGCAAACUGUCCAAACAUUUCCAAGCUUCAAAUAAGGAAGGAUGUCUUAAUAAUCUCCUUCGCUCACCUCUCGCCAAAAGAACCAAGCUUAAAAGAUGUGGGAAUUAAUGAAGAGGAAACUGCUCCUGAAGCCAGAAGUUUAAUUUUAGAAUUGCAGGAUUGCCAGUUAGACUCACAAAAGGCAGAAGAAUUGGCAGACAUUCUCCGAAGCUGUUCCCACCUUUCUGAAAUCAAUUUAUUAGAUAAUCAACUUGGCGAUGAAGGAUGCAGGAAGCUGAUGGCUUUGGUGUCCCAAAUGCAUAUUACUGGUCCUCUGAAUUUAAGCAACAACCAGCUAUCGCUUAAGAGCAUUUUUUGCCUCCUGGACUCAGCGAAUGCUUGCCCAAAUAUUGUGAAGCUGGAAGCCAGUAUUGAUCACCAAACUGCAAUCUUGACCCUUGUGAGUAGAAACAGUCCUGAGGCCACUCAUUCAAGGAGUUACAACUUUCCUGAUGCCCAGUUCAACAAAUGUCAACAGAUGGAGGUGACAUCAAAGAAAAUAUGCUUGGCAGGUAAUCAUUUUCAUGGUGAAGAUCUCAAGAACUUGUGCUUAGCCCUGAGAAAAUGUAACAGGGUACUGGAGUUAGACUUGUCAAAUAAUUCUCUGGGUGACUCAGGUGUUCUGAAGAUAAUGGAGUCCCUCCAAGACCUGAAAAAUUUGCAUUCUUUAAUUCUGGAUGAUAACCACAUGUCACCGGACGUUGUCUUUUCUCUGCUGGAAUUCUUCUCCGUCUUAGAACAUAUCACCUCAAUCCAAUUAGGUUUGGGAAGCAUCCAGAGAUGUCACUUAAGCUUUGGAGAACAAAUCAGCUACAACCCGGCCAGAGAGAGUGCAGGGAAGCCGCUGGGCAGCCGUUGCUUUUACCUGGCAGGUUGCGCAAUAGGACUGGAGAAGGUCAGUCGCCUCUUCAGGACCCUCAAGAAAUGUUCUGGGCUGACAGAAAUCAACUUCUCUGGGAAUUCACUGAAUGAUCAAGAAGUUGAACAGACGCUCUUGUUUCUGCCCAGUCUCAGCAGCCUAAGAUUCUUAAGCAUCAGAGAUAAUGCGUUUUCAUCCAACGGCAUAUGCUUGCUGGCUGGUUCGUUCAACCGGUGCAGGAGAAUCUCUGAAGUGGACAUCAGAUCAAGGAAAAAUGCGUUUUUGCGUUUUGUGGAAAGUCGAGCAAGCGAAGCGCUGUUCUGCAGGUUCACCAACUGUGCCAUGGACCAGGCUGCUCUCAGGGAGCUGUGUGCUGUGUUCGAAAACUGUGACCAUCUUGUGGAGCUGGAUCUUUCUGGGAACGAUCUUGACAAUGAAGGAUUGAAGUGCCUUUUCGGACAUCUGCUCAGGACCCAGAAUUCUUGCUCAUUGAAAAUCAACCACCAUAGAAUCUCGCCAGAUGGAGUUCUCCUGCUUGUUAACAUCUUUGCCACGUACGACAACGUAGUUGAAGUCCACGCAAGCUUGUGCCCUGAAAAAAGGCUGCUUAUCACAUCCAGGAAACAAGAUAAACCUCAAAAGGUCCUGAGUCUAAAGCAAUGCAACCUCCAAAGAGAACAUCUGGCACAGCUGUUGAGUAGGCUGGAAGAAUGUGUUGCCCUGGGCAGUUUCAUAUCAAUUAAUAAUGGCCUGACACUCAGCAGUGCAAAAGCCCUCCUCAGGGCCCUAAGGAAACCAACUGGCAUGCAAAAAAUAAGCAUAGAAGAGCCAUGGGUGACAGAUGAAAGCUUCCUCGCCCUCCUGAGUCUGGCUGCUGAAGUCCAAGGAAAAGUGAUCACCAUCAUGAAAGCUGGUGCCCUCUUUGUGGUGGAGCAGGAAUUUCCUCCUCAGCUGGGGAAAGCAGGGCUUGCGGUCAACAGUGCAUCUCAGGUACAGUUUCCUGAUGCUGAAGGACCAACCUCAUUUGGUGCUAUGAUGCAUUUUCCAGCACUGCGGAAACUUUGGUUAACUGAUGGCAGGAUUCCUCCCACCAGCAUGGAGUACAUAGCUGUGGUGUUGCAACGGGGCCUUGCCAUUGAAGAUAUUAACUUUUCCAACAGUGAAUUCAGCUUGAACAGUCUCAGUAUUCUCCUAGAUGCUUUGGAGGGCAAACAUCACUUAAAGAGCAUCAAUUUUGGCCCUCUGAACCUCGACCACACAACCAUUCUGAAGUUGUCUUCAAGGCUCUCCACCAUGCCUCUCCUGAGAAGACUUGCGCUGAACAAUAACCAUCUUGGCAGUCAAGUAUGCUCUCACCUUGCAGAAGUUUUGAAGAAUACACCUCAAAUGGAAGAAAUUGACUUAAGCCACAACAAGAUUGAUGAUGCAGGCCUGAAAGAAAUAGCUAUGGUCAUUCCAGGAAUGAAGAACAUGAAGCUAAUCAAUUUUUCAUACAACAGCAUCACAUCUGUUGGGGGACAGUGGAUUCUGGAUGCUCUGGCUGAGAGCGAGAGCCUGGAGGUGCUCAAAUUAUCUGGGAACAGUAUUGGAAAUGAGACUUUGGAAAAACUGGGUCCAAUUUUGCCUUACAAGAAUCAUCUGAAAGUCCUCCACCUCUCUUCCUGUCAUCUGGAUUCUGAAGGACUUGCCCAUUUGGUGGGAACCAUGUCCAAGUGUCCACAGAUAGAGGAAAUCAACUUGUCAGAAAACAACAUUGGGUAUAAAGGUGUGAUGUCCCUUAUGACACCAUGGCCACAAUCUUCACAACUCAGGAAGAUUGAACUGAAGGCCUGUGAUAUCAGUGAUGUUGCUUCCAAAACUCUCGUUGUCGGACUCACCUGCUGUCCUUUCCUUGAAGAGAUUGUAUUGUCUUGGAAUAAACUUGGUGAUGAAACUGCCAAAGAACUUGCCGUGGUCCUCCCUGGGAUGAUGAAGAUGAAAAUUCUAGAUCUGGACAGGAACUACAUCACAGCUUGUGGCGCUUCCAAAUUAGCAGCGCAGCUUCCUCAAUGUCGCGGAAUCCAGAAUAUACGGCUGUGGCACAAUCGGAUCCCGAAGGACGUUGAGCAGCAGCUGGCAGAUCAAGAGCCUCGACUACAAUUUGCCCUCUUUUGAGAAGGGAGGAAAUGAACGCAGGCCUGCUGUUUCGUGGGAGAUUUGCCAUUGUUCAGUUUUUUAGACAGGGCAGUAAGGAGGAGCAGUUUCUUGGAUCCGUGAAUGGGACAGGGUCAAGCUGUCCUUAGCUGUCCUGCUCUUAAAGUGGCCUUUUCCGCUUUAUUCCAACGCCAGCCUCAAGGUAUGUCAAAUCCAGAAGUCUGGGUUGCUGUUUCCUUUGGAGAGAAACCAGGGAACUGCAGGACCUGGGAACAGAGGCAGCUGGGGCAGGAGAGGCCUUGGCAAUGAGAAUUUGGGGCCCACUCAGCAGUGGGGAAGGGCUCGAGGUCUGCAAAACUGGAUUUCA